AUGCUUAAACAAUUAGGGGUGUGUCUGAUAUUAAAUAUCAAUCUUAACUGGGCACUAAACAAUAACCAGGUAUAUAGAAACAAUUACGGACCAAAGGGUGUUGUCACUUAUGGGAAAUUAAGCGACUACGAUAAAGUGAUUAACGAUUGGAAAGCUAAACACAAAAAUGACCAGAAAUCUGGGUUGUAUAACUCUGGCAAAUCCUGGUAUUACGACUCCUCGCUCGGACGAUACCUUUACAUCAAAGAUAAGAAGAAAAAUACAGUAAGUUGGUCAAAAAUAACAAGUACAGAAAUAAGAACCACAAAAAAAAAUAUUGACGCGAUGUUUAUACACAAGUUAGCAACUACUAAAACCACCACUAAGAAGCCAGAUUCGGUUAAUAAUAAAAAAACUGCAAUAGAAAAAACAACUACAGAAGAGCCCGUAACAGAUAUCCCAUCACUCCUUUACUGGUUGGAAAAAGCAGUUCUAAAAAUAUUUGCAGAUCAAUUACCACCAAAUAACCCCGUUGUAACAAAAACAGAAACAGAAAACUUAGCUAAAUUUGCAAUUGAAAAGUCAAAAAUGGAAAGACUGGCAUCGAAACAGAAAACAACAAAAAAGCGAACAACAACAACAAAAACAACCAAAUCGAAAAAGAAAAUCACAACUAAAAGAGCAGCUUUGAGUUGUUGGGUUAAAAAAGAGGCUACAACUCAAAAAACACCAGCUCAUAAAACUAUAACAAAACGAACAACAGAAAUACUUCAAUACCGCCAAAAGACUAAUACUCUAGUGACCAUACUUACGAAAAAAUUAACAGCAGCAAAAUCUACCACUAAAAAGAUAAAUUCAGGAAAACAGGCAGUUGAAAAGUCAGCUAAUAAAAAUCAUUUAAAUAAAGUGCCAGAAAGGCAAAAGAUUGAAGAAAAGAAACGGACCACAGUAAAAAUUGACAAAAAAAACUCAUCGAAACUGAAAGUAAAAGGUGUUGAUAAAGCCACUACCAAAAAAAUAUCAACUACUAAAAAACUAAACACAAAAGCGGAACGAAAAAACGAACCGGCAAUAGAAUGUCUGCUACAGAAAAGUGGACAACAUCGUGGCUAUUACGACUGCAUUAAUGUCAAAUAA